CCAUCAUGACCUUGGAAGUGCAGAAGGAAUGCGCGAUUUAAGAUGGCUAGCGGCGGACCAGCAACGAAAUAAUGAUAGAAUAAUUUCAGCCGCUAAUCGAAAUGCUGUUUUAACCCUUCAAACUUCGUUAGGAGGAGCAAAUGGCACUGAGGCAAUAGGAAACGCCGAUGAGAUAAGAAAUGCUUUACUUACUGUAUUUGCUGAUCCAACUUUAACUGCCGCAGCCAGAGCUGCUUACCAAAACCGCAUAGAUACCAGGAUUGGAUUAAUGGGUGAAGGUCAAGGAAGAUAUCGCACAGCAUUAAGAAACAAAAAUUUAGACAACUAUAAUGUAAUAGAUAUUUAUUGUGCUUCUUACUAUGUAAUGGAUUUUUUUGAAGAUGGUAAUUCUGUUGAUCACAGGCUUCAUGCUCAAUUAAUACUGCACGGUUCUGAUGAAGAUUUAUUAAUUAUUCCUUUUCAAAGCUAUUUAUCAUACUUUGCAGCAACGUUUAUAGAUUUUAAUUUUACCGUAAAUAAUGCUGAAACCGACGCUAGGGUUAAUGGUGAAGGGGAAAACAGUCUAAAAAGAGAAUUAGCCCACA